UUCCUUAUCCUCUCCUAUCCAUCCUCCUCUUUCUUAAGCUUUGCUCCUCAGUCACUCUCUCUCCAGAGAAGAAAUGGCGACAUCUCUCUCUUCCACAACAACACUCACUCUCUCCUCCCCUUCCCCUUAUCUUACACCUUCCCCUACCAAGCAUUUCCUUGUUGAAUUCCCUCUCCGUUCCAACUUCUCCACCCUUACCCAUCGCUCCACCCACCUCCGACCUAUUUCCGCCGUUUCAGCUCCCGAGAAAAUUGAAAAAUUGGGUGCUGAAAUCUCUUCCUUGACUCUGGAGGAAGCCCGCACCCUCGUCGACUACCUACAGGAUAAGCUUGGAGUUUCUGCUGCCGCCUUUGCACCCGCUGCAGCCGUAGUUGCCGCUCCAGGAGCAGGUGGGGAUACUGGAGCAGCAGCAGUGGAGGAAAAAACGGAGUUCGAUGUUGUGAUUGAGGAGGUGCCAGCUAAUGCGAGAAUUGCAGUGAUUAAAGCGGUUAGGGCAUUGACGAGCUUGGCUUUGAAAGAGGCUAAGGACCUGAUUGAGGGUUUGCCUAAGAAGUUUAAAGAGGGAGCUUCGAAGGACGAGGCAGAGGACGCUAAGAAGCAGCUGGAAGCAGCUGGAGCAAAGGUUAACAUUGUCUGAAACAAUAAUUGGUAUUUGGAGGGAGGAACUUAGAGGGUAAUUUUGUGUACUCUUUUCGAGCAAAUUUGUAGUAUUUUGUUUUUGGUAAUUUGAAAAUGUAUUUGAAUUCAUAAAAUUUCUAAAUUCAAUGUGGAUUAUCACUGUUUUAGGAUUGUAAA